AUGUCUUCUGUCGACUCCCUCACCUCCGUCCGGAGCCGCCGCGCGGGGCCGCCCUUGCCCCGCCCGAAGCGUGUCCGCGUCUACUUCGUGGACGCCGACGCCACGGACACCGACGACUCCUCCGGCGACGAGGACGAGCGCGCCAAGCGGCGCGUGCGGGAGGUCAUCCACAUCGACGUCGAGGCCGCCUCAGCUCCGACGCGGGCGGCGCAGGCGCAGGCGCUGGUGCUCCCGAAGAACCGGCCGCUGCCGUCCCAGGCGGCGCUCGUGCGGCGCCGGGCCUCGGGGGCCGGGUUCCGGCGGCGUUUCCCCGGCGUGCGGCUCCGGCCGUGGGGCAAGUUCGCGGCGGAGAUCCGCGACCCGCGCCAGCGGAGGCGGCUGUGGCUCGGCACCUUCGACACCGCCGAGGAGGCCGCCGCGGCCUACGACGACGCCGCUCUCCGCCUCAAGGGCUCCCACGUCGUCACCAAGUUCCCCGCCGAGGCGCCUUCUUCCCCCUGGUCGCGCAUGAGGCUCCGUCCUCGCCGGGAGACCCCCCUGGAAACGGUGGAGGGUGCCGGAGAAGAAGACGGAGAGGCUCUCGCCUCGGCCCCGGCCCCGGCCCCAGCGGCGGCGCCCGCGUCGCUGGAUCCGCAGGCGGUGGACGGCACCGCCCUGGUCUGCCCGUUCGCGUCGCCGACCUCCGUUCUCCGCUACGCCGCUGACGAGGUGCCGGCCGCACCCGCCCUGCCGGCGUUCGAGUUCCUCUACUCUGGGUUUGGUGAGCUUGGCGACCUAGGCGCGGCGACGGCGCCAUCGAAGGCGGCGGCGGCGGUGGAGUUCGACUGCCUGCCGUGGUGGGAGGGCGAGGACUUCGUGACGGCGACAGGCCUCACGGCGUCAGCCGGCGCUGCCGUCAGCGUGAUAUGA